CACAUGUGACUGGUCACAUGGUCAUGACACCAUCAAAGGUCCUUUAGACUGCAAGAAAGUAGUAAUGAACCCGGAAGUGACCAAUGUCAUCUGAUGCAGCCGGCAAAUUAUAAAAGAGCUUCCUGCAGGUAGAAUAAUGUGGUGGAAUUUCUUCACGACGUGGUGAACAUGACUCAUUUGUGAUCUCUGGUGACCAGUCUAAAGCUUGAACGAUAGAAGUGUCGGGGUGCUUUGACCUCAGCCAUGGCUCUUGCUACUGUUUCUGUUUCCUGUCAAGUGCUCAGAGGGGCUACUGGAAUUUUCACUAGUCAUUCGGCCUCACUACUGUCGAGGGCCCCAGCUUUGUGCACCCGGACCCUGAAUAGACGGAGAAUGGCAUCACAACGAAAGACAGAUCAUUUGGAGAGAACAGCCAACACCUUUAGACAAGAGAUUAUUUCUUCUGCAAAAGUUUGUGGAAUAACCAAUGAAUCUACCACUGUGAAGAGAGUCCGUCUUUCUGUGGAAAACAGAGAGUUUACUUUUAAAGCAGGGCAGUGGGUCGAUUUCUUUAUUCCUGGCGUUCCUAAAGUUGGAGGCUUUUCCAUUUGUUCAAGUCCUGGGCUUCUGGAACGAGAAGGAGUUCUGGAGCUUGCUGUGAAGAACAACCUCCAUCCUCCUGCUCACUGGAUUCAUACACAGUGUUCUCUCGGCUCGGAAGUAGCUUUACGAGUGGGGGGAGAGUUCUUCUUUGAUCCUCAAGCAUCUGACUCUCCUGUGGAUCUGGUAUUAAUAGCUGGUGGAGUAGGAAUCAAUCCCUUGUUUUCAAUACUCUUACAUGUUGCUGACCUUCACAAGACCCUGGAGACAACGGGCAAAGGCUUCCAAAUGGGGAGCGUGAAGCUCUAUUAUUGUGCCAAGAACACCAAUGAGUUCCUUUUCAAGAAAAACAUUCUUAAUUUGAUGCACAGCUUUCCUGGAAAAAUGACAUGCAGCUUUCAUGUCACGCAACAGAGUUCACCAGUCUGUCCAGAACUUCAGCCAUUCAUCACUGAAGGAAGAAUCUCUGAAAGUCAUCUAGCAAAUUCUGUUUCUAGGAAUCAUCUGUGUUACAUAUGUGGACCACCUCCUAUGAUCGAGUCCAUGUGCAAACAACUUGAGGACCUUCAUGUACCCAGAGAACAGAUUUACUUUGAAAAGUGGUGGUAGAAAGGAAGUGUAAUGAUGAUCUCCAGUAACCACCCUCUUCUCACGGAGGACAUUGGGAAAGUGGGAGAGUAUUUUAAAAUUGUAACUAUGUGAAGUAUCUGUUACUCCCUUAACAGCAGUCAGCUAUAUGUAUGGAUGAAGCAGAAAAGAUGAAUCAUAUUUAUGUACAUUUCACUCAAAAAUGUUAUAUUUAAAUUGAAAUUGUACAUUUGUGAACUAAAAUUUGUGUGUUGCAUUUUUAUUUACUGGAGGUGACAUUGAUGCUUUCUUGUUAAGGGCUUGUGCAUGGACAUUAAGCCAGCGGAAUUCUGUUGGCCUAAUUCUGCUUGCAGCAGGCACCACUGAAUACUUCGGCGGUAGGACUGUGCUUCUCUUAAGAUGGCAAUGCAGUCCAGCAUAUUUUUGCCCAAAGAAUUAACAUAUUCAUUCUUUUCGUGAAUGUACUUUCAGACAGUGGAAUUCCGCUGCUUUAAUUUCACAUUUCUCUUAUAAACAAUGGGAUUCUGCUGCAAGCUGAUUUAAGCCAACAAGCCCUAAGAGUAUUAACAAGAUAUACAAGGGAAAUUAGACAAUUUAAAACAGUCCUGUUCACACUACUAGAUUUAAGGUGAUUCAUACUGCGCACACUUACAGUGCACAUUCACUGUCGCAUACAAGCUCCUGGCAUUUGUAUAAAACGUAAAUGUGUCUUCAUAGGCCCCUGUUUUACCCAACAGUGUCUAUUUGGCCUUUGUCGAGACAGUAUACUUUGUAUAUGUUGUGUAGGUUACUCCCAUUUUUGUACAGCGAAAGAAAAAAUGUUUUGAUCCCCUUACGAUUUUGUACAUUUGCAUAUUGACAAAAAAAUUAUCAGUCUAUAAUGUUAAUAGUUCAUUUGAACAGUGAAUGACAGUGAAAAUCCCCAAAAAAUAUUUUAAAUAAGUUAUGUAGACCGAUACAAGGCUGGAAUGGGACAAGCAGCUUGGUGAGAAGUUUACAACAGUUGGUGCAAUUAUUUGCAAAUUGGAAGAAACACUAAAUAACUGUCUAUCUCCCUCAGUCGGUGGCUCCAUGAAAGAUCUCACCUCAUGGAGUUUUAAUGAUCAUGAGAACGAUGUAUAGGCCUGUCUGAUUCAUUCAGAUGUUCAAAUCCAAACUUCACAGGAGAACUGGGGGAAAGUGAUGUGGUCAGAUGAAAACGCAGCUCUUUGGCAACUCAACUCGCCAUGUUUGAAGCAGCAGGAAUGUUGCCUUUGAUCCUAAAAACGCCAUCCCCACCAUUAAACAUGGACAGGACAACUUCACUGUGCCAAAGUGGCAAUGGAUGGGGGCAUGUACAGUCAGAUCUUUGUUGAGAACCUUUUGUUCUCAGCCAGGGCAUUGGAAAUUGGUGGGGAAUGGGUAUUCCAGCAUGACAGUGACCCAAAACAUAUGGCCAAGGCAAAACAGUAGUGCCUUAAGAAGAAGCACAUUAAGUUCCUUUAGUGGCCUAGCUUGUCUCCAGACCUUUAUCUCAUAGAACAUCUGUGGAGGCGAACUCAAGGUUUAAUUUGCCAAACGUCAACCUUGAAACCUUUGACUUGGAGAGGAUUUAGAAAGAGUGGGACAAAAUCCCUCUGAGAUGUGUGCAAACCUGGUGACCAACUUAAAGAAACAUCUGACCUCCGUCAUUGCCAACAAGGGUUUUGCAGGUGAUCAAAUAUUUUUUUCCUUCGCUGUUUUUUUAUUUUUUUUUAUUUUUUUAAAUGCAGCCUGUGGUCAACAUUAUGCCAACAUUAUGCCUAUGAUCACCAUACAGUGACACUGUCUAAGCAAAAGACUCUAUCACUGCUUCUUUGUGCUUUGUGGAAAUGGUCAUUGAGAUCAAUCACUGCACAUAUAUUUUUAUUAUUUAUCUUUUAUAUCACCCUUGGUUCCAGGGCACUGCACACUUGAUUAUGACUAAAAUACAGAUCAUGAACUUGACACAGUAAAUAACAGACUGAAAUAAGGGGAGAGAGGGCCCUGUCUACAAGGGCUUACAAUCUGAUUUCAAAGAAUUAACAAUUAGGCAUGUUGAUUAUUUAUUGUGCAAAAUACAGACACCAAUGUUUUGAUCCAAAGGGACCUUUGUCAAGAUGUCCGAAAUAACCUGAUGAGGUAGAGUAGGGAUAGCCAUGUAUCUGCAGAUCUGGUGAUGCUAUGUAGCUGGGAAAUCCAGCAAAUACCUUUGACAUGUACCUCAAAUGCAGAGUGAAUGCAGCUUUAAAGGGGUACU